UUUCACAAUACAGUCAGCUGAUAUGAGUCAGCACAGCGUGAGUUAAUACAAGAGCAGGAAGCAAAAGCAGAAAUAUCAGAGCAAAGGGUCAACGAGACAGGUUGCUGGUUUGAAGAUUUUGAGUUGAAGAUGAUGUUGGCCUUUGCCUCAAUCCUCUGUGUUUCCAUGGUGAUGGCCAGCCCAUUUCCAGAUUAUGGGCCCCUGUCCCAAAAUAUGGUGAACUUUAUCAACAAACUGAACACAACCUGGCAGGCUGGUCACAAUUUCCAGAAUGUUCCUUUGAGUUACGUGAAGAGAUUGUGUGGAACUUUCCUCAAUGGACCCAAACUGCCCUUAAGAUCGCAGAAGCUCACUGCUUUGAACCUACCAGUAAACUUUGACUCUCGGGAACAGUGGCCAAACUGUCCUACCAUCAAGGAGAUCCGUGACCAGGGAUCAUGUGGAUCAUGUUGGGCCUUUGGUGCAGUGGAAGCAAUGUCUGACAGGAUUUGUAUCCAUUCCAAAGGGAAAGUCAACGUGGAGAUCUCUGCUGAAGACCUUUUGAGCUGCUGUAAAUUUGAAUGUGGUAAUGGUUGUAAUGGUGGCUAUCCGUCUGGAGCUUGGGAAUUCUGGACUGAAGAUGGUCUAGUGUCAGGAGGACUUUACCAUUCAAAUAUAGGUUGUCGUCCAUACUCCAUCCCUCCCUGUGAACACCACGUUAAUGGCUCUCGGCCAAAAUGUACCGGAGAGAUUGAAACUCCCAAAUGCUCUAAGCGAUGUGAGGCUGGUUACACACCAGAGUACAGAAGUGACAAACACUAUGGCCUUACUUCAUAUGGCGUCAGUUCAGAUGUCACUGAGAUUAUGACAGAGAUCUACAAGAACGGGCCAGUGGAGGCUGCCCUCAUAGUCUAUGCUGACUUCCUGCACUACAAAUCAGGAGUUUACCAACAUGUGGCUGGGGAGCCAAUGGGUGGUCACGCUAUCAAGAUCUUGGGUUGGGGCGUAGAGAAUGGAACUCCCUACUGGUUAGUUGCCAACUCCUGGAAUACAGACUGGGGCGAUAAUGGUUUCUUCAAAAUCUUGCGUGGCAGCAAUGAAUGUGAAAUCGAAUCAGAGAUUGUGGCUGGAAUUCCUCGGGACAUGUAAAGAACAAGUACCAAUGAGGUGGUAAAUCCAGUGGUGAGGUUCCAAGCCCACAAUCCGUCAGUAAUAUACUGGGAGGUGGCACAGGACUCCCUGGAGUGCUCAGCACCAAUACCUGAUAAAGUGCAUGUGCACAUUCCUCAGAGUCUCGGCACCUAACACACAAAUUCUCAUUACAAUCAUAUGCAACAAACUUGAUUUAACAAGCUUUCUUUAAUCUGUCCCAGUAACCAGCUGUUGGCUGUGAGAAUCUCUCAUGUAACACUUGCUUCUUUCACCCUUUGUCUCCCCUGAUCAGAUGAUGAUACUUUUGGAAGCAUGGAAAACUGUUAUUACACUAACGCACUACUUUCCACAAGCUGAAAAUAAAUUUUAUCUGAAAUCCUUGAAA